AUGGACAAUCCUGAUUUGCGAGAAUGUGCAUGCAUAUAUUGGCGUCUUCUUUCAACUGAUCCUGAGGCAGCUAAGGAUGUUGUGUUAGCUGAGAAGCCUGUAAUCAGUGAUGAUUCGAACAAACUUGAUCCUUCUCUCCUUGAUGAGCUUCUUGCCAACAUUGCUACUUUGUCCUCAGUCUAUCACAAACCUCCAGAGGCAUUUGUAACACGUGUGAAGACAGCCCAGACAAGUGAAGAAAUAGAAUAUCCUGAUGGAAGUGAAACAGGGUAUUCUGAUACACCUGCUGAGAGUGGUGCAUCAUCACCAGCUACUUCAUGUAAUUCCUACUAUGCUGCAGCCAGGCACCCGGCUGCACCUGUGCCCGAUUAG